AUGGCCACUCUCACCGUGACGGUCGAUGCAGAGGAGUCGUCCGUCGUUGCCCCUGAGGUGACCUCUACUGUCAUGGCCUCUGAGGAGUCGUCUUCCCUCAUUCCUCCCUCUGUGACCUCCACAGCCAUCGUCUCUGAUGGUGCUUCGUCUGCCAUCUCAUCUGACAUGACCACCGAGGUGGCCUCCUCGUCUGUUUCCAGCAACUUUAGCACCUCCACCACCGAGACCACCGUCACAGUCACUCCCACGGUAUCUCUGACCACGACUGUCACGGUGGAAGCCCCUACGGGUGUCGCCACCAUCAUGGCCACCACCACGGUCGUCGGUGGCACCACGACUGUCCGUGUCACUCGCGAUCACACUGUCUUCACUACACUCAUCCCGGUCCAACCUGAGGUUCCUCAGACUUCCUUGAGGAAUUGGACUAAGGUAUUCCAAAACUCACGUGUUCGGCCCUCUUGGCGUCGCACGAGCUUUCCUGCCACACUUUCGGGAGAAGAAAGGCUGGGGAACUUUGUCUUCAUGGGGAUCGAUUGCGGGCCUGGGGAGGGGCUGCCAGCAGUUGGGGGCCUACUGCAGCUCCAAAGCGGCUCUGCGAGGACGCUCCUUGUCGAGCCCGGAUACUUCCGAACAGAGUUUCUCAAUGAGAAGAAGGCAGUCUACAUUGACACCAAGAUCGAUGAGUACAAGCCUCUCGUCGACAACCUGUACCCACAGGUGAAGGGAAUCCAUCAACAGCAGCCCGGCGAUCCUGCCAAGGGUGUGGCGCGCAUUCUCGACGUGGUCAAAGUCCAUGCGGCCGGUGAAGAUUUCCCCGUCAGCUUGGCUUUGGGCGACGAUGCUCUUGACACAAUCCGGAAGAAGUGCACCGACACGUUGGAGUUGCUGGACAAGUGGGCAGAAAAGUCUUCGAACACGUCAUUCUAA